UCUAGCAAAAGUUAAGAAAGAAUAUUUGUCUCUCUGGUUAACAGCAAGAUAAUUAUAAUCGAAGGCGAUCGAUGGAGAAAUCUUCUGAGGGGAAUCAGAAUUCCAACCUACCUUCCGAGGAGAAAUCUUCGAAUAGCUCUGAAAAUGUACUACUUUCUCAACAAACCAAACAGCUUAGUACUACUUCUGAUCUUGCUCAAGAAGUAAAUGACGUAAAACAAAAGGAAGUAGACGGAGAAGCAAAAUCAGAUGGGAAAGAGGAAUCCCCACCACUUCCUUCGCCUCAACAACCAAAAGAACAGCCUGAGGGCAAAUCAUCGUUGGCCGAAAAUGUCUCACAGUCGGAAAAUAGCUCUGCUGCCACAGCCACAACCACAACCACUCCGCAGAAGAUUGAGUUACAGAAAAACUUGAUUAUCGAGCAGCCAAAAGAAAAUAAGGAUCCUGGAUCAGAACUCAAUGUGAAAGUAAAAGAUACCCUUAAAGUCCAUCACCAACGGACCAAAAGGUGA